CUGGACGCGCUCGGCACUUCUACACGCGUCUGCAACUGUCCGCAAAUAUGUGUGUGUGUGUGUGUGUGUGUGUAAGUAAGCAGCAAGAGAGCAAGCGACUGUGAUUCGUGUACAGUGAGCUACAGUCCGCAAUGGUUUUCAUCUUGUCAGUCAGUCUUUCUGCUCCCACGAGAGGGGGUUGAUCGGCAUCUUUUCCGCGUUUUUCCGCGAUUUACUUGCGAGAGGAGAAACUGUCAUCGCGCCGCGCAAACGAUGAAGUGCGGACGUACGGCAACGACUUGUCGCGCGUCGACGAUGAUACGCAUCGCCCUUGUCGGAAUUGCGGUGGUACACGCAUUGCCCACCGAGCCCUUGCCCUCCACCCUGUUAGACGGCAUCGGUAACGUUGCGAACAGCGCGACCAAUUUUCUAACAGGAUUCAUGAAACGACAAAAAGAACUCUUGCAUCGCGUUACGGAUACCGCAACGAAUCUCAUAACCAAUGCAGUGGAGAGGCCAAGGAACUUAUUGAUCAACGCCACCCGAGUGACUACCGGAUACAUUGACAGUGCAGCUUCGAGAGGAUUUGAGUUCAAGCUGCGAAGAUUCCUGGAGAAAUUCCGUGGACGAAUGCGCAACGGCAUCCCGGAGCUGGGUAUUCCGCCGUUGGAGCCGUUUACGCUCGACGAGAUCGACAUAGACACGGAUAAUCCGGAAAUAGGAAAAGUGCAUUUGGUAAUCGAAGACCUGGAAAUGCGAAAACUCUCGACUUUUCUAAUCGAUCGAGCCAAGAUGUCACUAAUCGGACCUACUAUCGCCGUAAACAUCUCAAUCCCCGAGAUUUACGCGACGGGCCAUUACAAUAUAUCCGGUAUACUGGGAGACACGUACAAAUUGCGCGGCGCGGGUCCCUUCGAGAUGACCGUAAACGAUUUCCGCGCUUACGUAAUCAUCGUGCUGGGCUACGCCCGAGGAGUGUAUCUGAGGAAAUUCGACCUGGACUUUUCGCUGCGCGCCAUCAAGAUACAUCUCCACGACUUCAUGGGUAACGAGGAGGUCGGGCUAAUUAUGAGCAAGGUCUUCGAGGAGCUUACACCAGAAGCGGUGGACAUCAUCAAGCCGGAUAUAUUGCCGGUGAUUCGGGAUUACGUGGCGAACCAAAUAAACGAAACGAUCCAUCAUCUCACUAUGAGGGAUCUGAUUCGCACAUUGCUUGGGGAAUAUGAGUUCGGAGACAUCACGCAUCUAUUGAUACCCUAAUGAGGAGAGACUCGAAAUUGCAAUCACAACACGCGUCGUCAAGUUAAUCCAGUCGGUUGCGCAAUUGCAGUUAAUUACCUGCAGUUAACGAGCUUAACGUGUGUCUGAUGGUGUGUUGAGGACUAUAUCGUUGCUUAAUUAAGUUAGUUACGAGCACAAAUUUACAGCGAGAAAAUACAUCAAUUGGCGUGUUAUCAAAAAUAUAUUUUGUAGAAUAUAUUUUUCUACAAGUAGUGUUUUUUAAGAAAACAAAACUGUGUGUAACGCGCGUAAAGAUCCAGUCUCGCUGAGACUUUGCCAGGAAACAACACAUCGAGCGACGCACACACUUUAGAGCUUACUUGUAGAGCUCGAUUUACGCCGAUUAGUGUACGUGCAACGCGAACGAACGAUACUCGUGAAACGUGUAACGAGUUGAAUUUUCUGAAAAAAUGGUUUUUGGAAUUUGAAUCCGCGUUAGUGUCACUUUUGCAUCGACGUUUGUUUGUUUGUUUGUUUUUUUGUAGACAUUUUAGUUCGCUUCAGCAGGGUUUCAAGAGCAGAGUCUGACGACUUUGAAGCUACUUUUUCUGUUACGUAAUUCGCGCAUAAACGACGAUAACGACUCGAAGGUCGUUGACUCUGUUAUAAUACCUUGCCGACUACACUUCACCUUCGACGAGAUCUUAAAGAGCGAACGAUCGGUUUGUUUGUAACGUUCCAAGUUGCCGAGUUGUCUAAAUUAAUUCGCGUGAUUGUUCUUGAAGAUCCUUUUUUUCGCGCUGAGUAAUUCAAGCUUGUGUCUGAAGAUCUACUUCGAUAUAAAAUUAAAAAUAUAUGUAUAUACUCUGCGAUCUUGUAAAGAAAAGUUUGUAAGAACCUCGUGAGAUACCCCAUGUGUGCGAUUUAAACUGCGGCAAUCCAUCUUGUUAUGUUCGUUAGAAAACAGGCGUGAUUGAAUGCGAAGGCAAUCGACGCGAGGUUUCGCAAUACUUGCCGCGGAUGCACCAGGUGAAAGAGAAUCCCGAUGUUUAAUUCAUCGGUUCGCUUAAGCGCGAGUCUCAUUGCGCAUCUUUAAUUUCUCGUUGAUAAAGAGGAGCAGAAGUAUUACACGACCUUGAACGGUGUCAAUAUAUCUCGUAAUGCAAAACCGAUACCUGAACUAUUCAUUUGUCGAGAUUAAUUCGAUUGACAUUGAUGAUCGAUGAUAAAAGGAGUAAAACACGAAAGAGAGAGAGAGAGAGAGAGAGAGAGAGAGAAAGAGAGAGAAAGAGAAAGAGAUGGUUUUUACAAUGGAGAAAACUGUGAUUGAGAACGUUCGCUGUAUAGAAUUUUCGAUGGCGUUAUACAGGGUAAGGCACUCGAUCCUUUUAGCGUGUGCCAUAUAUCGCGCAUCAAUUUUCAUCAGUUGCUAUAAAAAAAAUUUGGUGGAAUCUUUGAAAAGCGUGAAUCAAAAUAACCGCACACAAAGAAAUUGUUUUACACCGAGAUUUUUAUCGUUGCUUUAUUUUUCUGGUUGCACACAAAAAAACCAUAAUAAAUUUUACUAAAAAAGACAAUUUAAUAAUAUUUGCAAUUGUAUAAAAAAAAAGAGACAUAU